UAUCCUACCCGCCGGCGCCGGCCGCCGCCUCGCCGCAGCCGCCGCUGGACGUGAAGGUGGAGAAGGUGGACCUGACGGAGGAUGAUGACGGUGACGUCAGCCUGGACGCCACGCUCGGCUAUGUGGCCGAGUACGAGGGCGGCUACGGCGAGCCAGACCUCUCCGUCAGCGCUAUGGGGAGCGGCGGCGCCACGGCGGCAGCGGGCGAGAGACUGGCCGGCCCUUCCCAGCUACCCGGCGAAAACGGGGCCGUUCCAGACGGCGGCACCCACGUGUGUCCCGUGUGUGGCCGGCAGUACACCAACCCGCGCUCGCUCGAGUACCACAAGAAGAUGCACGCGGGUCUCACCACCUGCGUGCUCUGCGGCAAGGUCUCCAGCAAGGUGGAGCACCUGCGCCGGCAUCUUGAAAACGUGCACAAGCUCUCUCAGGAGGACAUCCGCAGUAUCGUGCCCACGCGGAACCGGGCUCGCUAUCCGGACGGGGUGUGAGGACGGGCCGGUGGCAGGCCGCCGGACGGGCUGCUGGCUGGGGUGUGAGGACGGACCGGUGGUAGGGCCGCCGGGCGGGCUGCUGGCUGGGGUGUGAGGACUGACCGG